CACGCACAAUCAUUUAUCAAGUAACUCUUUAAAUGCCAUAUCGUACUUCCAGAAGACACGCAGGAACAACCAUGUGACUCGUCAGAAGAUGCUAAACCUAAGAUAUCGGAGACUGAAAAAAAUAUCCUGCGGUCUGAGUUCCUCCAGAUUAUGCAGGAAAGAUUCAUGUCCGGGAACGAUAAAACCAUCGAUUACAGGUUCUUCGCCUGUGAAUACACGCCGGUAUUCGUGUCUCUGUACAGCGAUCAAGGGUACAUGCAUCCACUUCCGGUAGGUUCACUUCCGGUGUUGAUGCCUGGUCUUGUCUACGUCAGAGUGAGUCCGAAAGACCAAACUGCACUGAAGAUGAUCUUGAAGAAUUGCUACGUGGUUGGAGACGGGUCUGACAGUCGUGUUUUAAUUAAGAACGUGUGUGAAGUGAACCUGUCAACUCACAUAUUGCUACUCAGUGACGUAGAGAGCCUCUUCUCCUUCUCUGUGACAUCGACACAGUCGCCCACGCAUCCCGGCGACCAGAGUCACGUGACUUGUGACGCCAAAUUCUGCUCCAUAAAUGAUAAGAGCCCAUCCUGCUACCACAGAUGCCGAACGCUGAUGUACGAACCGCUAGUCGGCUGACGUAGCUUUGGUCGAUUUGUAUUUAGUGCGAAAAUACUUGACGAAUUUUAAUAGAAACAUUAGAAAAUUUGUGUCAGUUUAUUUGUCUGUUUUA